CCCAGUAAAAAAAAGCACAAAAAAACUUUGUGUGUUUGUGUGGACAGUCUGAGCUCUUCGCUGGUUCAACACAGGCACAUACUGGUGUUUGUACGGGAUUCUCACUUCUUUUGAAACGGCCAGCCUCAGGUAUGAGGGCCUGUUUGGUAUUCCUGUGCCUACUGGCAGCAACAUUUGCCUUGUCUGUAAAAAGUAAACCUCAUGGAAAACACGGUGGAUUGCAUAAGACGUCACACACAGCCAAAGAAAAGGACAUUGUCACAGAGGAGGCCAACAAACCACAGAUCUUACCCACUUUAGUCCCACUUGAGGUCAGCAGCCAUGAGCAGGAAGAUGAGGAAUCGAGCUCCGAUGACAAUGCUAAUGCCAACAAGGAAGACUUUGAGGUGACUGAAGGGAGUGACAAAAGCACUGCAGUCCUGUUGAGUGAAGAGGAAUUGGUAGACCUCCUGAAGAAAGAGGCAGAAGAAGAGCAGGAAGCAGAAGAAAUUGUGCUGGAGGAAGAAGAAGUCAAGACAGAGAAAAGCGAGGAGGAGUCUGGCGAGAUCAUUGAGGAUGAGGUGGAGGAGAAGACGUUGGAUGACAAACUAGAGAGAGAGGAAGAUGCUAAAGAGGAAGAAGAAGAAAAGGAGGAGAGUGUGGAAGAUGCUGAAUUGCUGGAGAAAGAAGAAGUGGAGGUGGAAAAGAUAGACAGAGAGGAGCAAGGGGCAUUUCUGGAGGAAACUGGACUUGAUCUUGACUAUGCUGCUGAUAGUGGCAUCUUAUCACCUCUGCAGCUUGAAAAAACCCCACACACUGAUGACACCCAGCCAGAUGUUAAAGAGAAGGAAACCAGUGAGAAAGGACUGCAGACCAUUGCAGAUGACUAUGAACAAAACGUACAAAACACUGAGGCAGUGGACAGUGAGGAAGUGUCUGAUCAGGAUCAGACCCGAGUGGCUGGAAAGGACGAAGAGAAAAGUAAGAAUGACAGUGGAAGUCAAACCAAAGGAAAGACAAGGAAGCAAAAGAAGAACCAGAGGGCAAGGAAGCACUCUCCACAGAGUGAGGAGACACAGACCGGACAGGAACAGAGCCAACAGGAUCCCCAGGAGUCUGAGGGCAGCAGCACUGACAAUACAGUCCAAAAAGCAAAGAGGAGAAGGGCAGGAAAAUGGGGUCCUUUAGUAGGAAUGAAUCCAGUGCAGAUAAGAGCCACAGCGGAUCUCUACCCCAGUUCCAGGUCCUCUCCCAGCAGUCACCCAGAUGCCCCUGCUGAUCCCUGUGACAAUUUCCCAUGCAAACGUGGAAAGACGUGUAAACUCGAUGCGGAGAAUAAGCCGGGCUGUGUGUGUCAAGAGCCGUCUGAAUGUCCUCCCGGUUUGAACGAGUUUGAUCACGUUUGUGGGACGGACAACAAAACAUACGAUACAGCAUGUGAACUCUUUGCUACUAAAUGCAACCUUGAAGGGACAAAGAGAGGACACAGGCUGCAUCUGGACUACACUGGGUCAUGCAAAUUAAUACCUGCAUGUGAGGACAGUGAGCUGGUUCAGUUCCCUCUGCGAAUGAGGGACUGGCUUAAGAAUGUGUUGCUGCAGCUCUACGAACACGACUCGGUGUCUUCUGGCUUCCUCACUCCUAAACAACGCUUUAGAGUGAAGAAAAUCUUUGAGAGUGAGAGACGUCUUCAUGCUGGUGAUCACUCUGUUGAGCUCCUUGUGCAGGACUUUGAGAAGAACUACAACAUGUACAUCUACCCAGUGCACUGGCAGUUUGCCCAGCUGGACCAACACCCAGCUGACAGAUUCCUGACCCACUCAGAGCUGGCCCCACUUCGAGUCCCUCUGGUGCCAAUGGAGCACUGCACAUCCCGUUUCUUCCAAGAGUGUGACGCUGACAAGGACAAGCUGGUGUCUUUUAAAGAGUGGACUUCCUGUUUUGGUAUCAAGAAUGAGGAUACGGACGUCAACCUGUUAUUCUGAGCUUCUUUUUCUUCCUCGUCUACUACUACACAAGCUUGUUGAAAAGCCUCCAUGAACCUCUGUAAUAUAAGCAGCUCUGACACAUACAUAAACUUAUUUUUACCUCCCGCUAUAGAGGGCAAAUUUUGGUGGUCACUGCUAUAGUUUUGUGUCAGGCUAAGCUUGGACAUUCAUACCUUUGUUCUGUAAUUUAGAUUAAGCUGCUAGAUUAAUUUUUUUUAGAAUAUAUAUCAUUAUUUUUAGCUGGUUUUGUCCAGAAAAUGUUUUUUUAUGUAUUCCAAACUGGGGAAAAGUUUACAUCAGCUUAUUGGUAGAAAAGGUAUUGUACAUAGUACCGGGCUUCAAAGGAACUGUGGUUUGUAUGUUAGACUGAUUAAUAGUAGAAUUACUCAGUAGAUGAUUUCAAAUGUAAUGUAAAACAAUAACUGUCUUUAUCUUAGCCACAAAUGCUGUAAAUGUUUGUCGAUGUUUCAUUGUAGCUCACAUUAAAGCUUUAUGGACUUCA